AUGGGCUCUAAGAGGAAGAAGAAGGAAAAGGCAAAGGACUUUGUCAAGCAAAAGCUUAAAGUCGGUAAGACUGCAGCCAAACCAGAUAAUCAUACUGAUACAUCAUUUAAAGCCAAACGUAUUCAUAUAGCAACCCAGUCGAUAACUACAAGGAGUUCAGCAACCUCAGCAUCUAAUAUAACAGGAUCGAAUCAUCUUGAUCGAAACAUAGAGACUGGAUCUCCUGUUUCAUACAGCAAUAAUGAAGCGGAAAUUAACCGUCUUUUACCUUUAGUCAAGCAUCACUCAGCCAACACAAGAAAGGAAGUGUUACUUCAACUCAUUCCACUCCUCUCGUCAAACCCAACUCCAUAUAAGGCUAUCAUGACUAGUUUAAUACCGAUGAUGUUAGAUCAAGCACUGGACGUAAGGAAAACCUUAGUUCAAGUUUUCCAAGCAGUGGCCACUAAACAAAAAGGGAUAUUGGAUCUUCAUAUGCGGUCAUACAUCCUCUUUGUUCACUCUGCUAUGACACAUAUAAUGCCUGAAAUUAGAAGUACAAGCACUCUUUUCCUUGAAGUUGCCGUGGAUAAUGCUCCUAUUUCCCUUUCAAGAUCACAUUUCAUAAAGACAACGCAACUCUUCUUCUCUUUAAUGAGUUGGAACUUGAAUUCCAACUCAAAGGGGUCUCUCGCAGUUUCAACCUCCAGUGCUAUAGGAGGAGUGACAAAGAAAGCUAGAAGUGUACACAUUAGAAUUCUUACAAAGUUUCUUUCAGUGUCUUUAUUGCCUCAAGCUUCGACAUUGAAUAAUACCUCCGAAACUCAGUUUUACGCCAUACAUCCACAGACAAAGAAAUAUACCAUGCCUAUAACAACACAACCAUAUUCAGCACUUCGACUCUUUGUAAAGGAUGCCAAAAAAUCGAAUGAUUCUAACUUAGAAUCAGCGAAUGGUUCAGCUUCAAUAUCAAAGAAACUUGAUGAUGGUAAGUUUACAGUUCUGGACUUAAACACUCUUUCCUCAGAAGACUACGACACAAGAAGGAAAAUUAUUACUGAUAUUUUCUCAAACUCCUUGUUUAAAGGAUUGGAUUUACUCAUAAAAGAAGGAGGCGAAGUUGGUAAGGAAGCAAAGGCAUGUCUCGCAGUUCUUGAAACAAAAGCAGGUAAGAAGAACAAGAAAGCGAGCAAGGAAGUUGCCGAGGAGUUGGCACAAGGAGGCACAUCAAAAGCUGAGAUUGACUUUGAUGAUGCAUCUAAGAAGUUCGAUGUCAUUUUGGAUAAGUUUUCAAAGGCAGCCAACGAGAUCAAGCUAGGGAAAUCAUCGCCAACUAUUUUUGACAAAUUGAUGAUAGAAACCGAAGAUGGUGAACAGGUUUUCACUAAUGUUGCUCAAACUACACUUAAAGGUCGUAACUUUGUGAUCACUGUAUUCGAUCCUGCAAACACUCAACAUGUGGUUAACGCAGUAUUAAGUUCAGAUUUGAAUAUGAAUCCUCAAGUUGACCCUUCUAGUAAACUGACUUUAAAAGUUCCUUCACCACCAAUUACCACUGAAACCAAGAAGGAAAAUGCUAAGCAAUUGAAACUGAUUUUUGAAAAGUUCAAGUCUAGCACAGUUAAAAAUAACUCAUCUUUACAUGCUAUUAGAACAGAUAUUAGAACCAAGUUUCAAAAGAAAAUGAGUUCUAAGAGAGGAACUGAUGAAGAACAAAAGUUAUUGAAUGAUUUUGAGCAACUUCACAAGAAGUAUACUGAAAAAUUGCAAGAGGCAUUCAAGAGUGCCGAAACAGCCAUUCUUAAGUGA